CAAAGUCGGUCGCGUCGCGUGUUUAGUUUAAGUCAGUUUUACGCUGGUGGAGCGCAGCAUGUUUUCGUCGCCUUUUUGCAAACUGGAAGCUAGGGAUCACUACGUCCCGGGUACUCCACCGGACUUUCAGCCUAUGAUCGAGAGUAACCUUCCGGUAGAAUCCUCUCAUCUUCAUCAUAAUCAUCCGAUUGGGGGAGAAGUCGGCUAUUAUGACACCUGUCCGAGUCAGCCACUGGCCGGAUCCAGUGUUUUGGACCGAAUUGGAUGUUUGUAUAGUGGAUUGUACGAAGGGAAGGGUGUUGCUUAUCCGCCAUUUUCUUGUGCCGACCGGGACUUGUGCUCUAGUUAUUGGAUGAGUAGAAGUUACAGUGGAUUUGCCGGGGGUGGUCAACAAUCUCCGAUGGUUUACUCCGGAUCGGAGUCUACACAAAUCCUGCUGAAUGAAAGUGACCAACAGGAACAACCACCGGCUUCUACUCCAUUGUAUCAGUUCAACCAGUAUGAUCAUUUAGUGUAUGACAAUAGUGCGGAUGAUGAUCGGAACAAAAGUAAUUUGUACACAGAGGAUGGUUUUCAUGGUUACGGAUUCAAAGUGAGCCAGAAUCAAGUGGUGAGCAAUGGUGUCUAUGAUCGAUAUGAACCAGUAGCAGCAAGUGCCAAUUACAGUGAAUGCUAUGAAAGUUAUCCAAGUGAGCCGAUCGGGAGUGAUCGAUUCAGUGGUAUCGGCUAUUGUGAAGAGCUUGUCGGGCAACAUCCAGAUCGAUUGACUGAGGCGACCAGGAUUGAUAGUGCAGUGCAAGAUGUUGGGGUCCCGGUGGAAAAUGAAUAUUUUUCCGAGGAUUCACAUACGGAUGACGCUGAAUCAUUACACGAUGUAUCUUCGGAAAUCAACCAAAGACGACAGAAUGCGUUUAGCGCUGCGGCGUCCGAAGAAACAGAAACCUUCACACGCCACCACUCGACAACUCCGCCCACGCCAAACAAAUCGCAGCAACGCUCAUCGAAUAGUUCAUCGAGCAGCAGCAAUCGGAAAGAGCGUACUGCCUUCACCAAGGCACAGGUCAAAGCCCUGGAGGCUGAGUUUGCCCAUUCGAACUACCUAACCCGGCUGAGACGAUACGAGAUAGCCGUUGCGUUGCAUCUCAGUGAACGUCAGGUCAAAGUGUGGUUCCAGAACCGACGGAUGAAAUGGAAGCGAAUCAAAAUUACCGGUGCGUCGCCCACCGACAACGCUACAGUAGAUCAAGACAAAGAGAAGCCAUCAUGACCGUCAUCCUUAGAAGGAUGAAACACACUGCCAGCUAGAGAUAGUUUUAUCA